AUGGUCAACCACCAGGCGCAGAACACCGCACCAGACCAGUACCAGUACGAUCCAGAUGCCAGCGAAAGCACCAAAGAAACCAUCAUGGCAAAGGUCACCGGUCGCACCACGUCCUCUGGCGGCGGGGGAUUGAAGCAGCAGCAGCAGCAGUACGUGCCCCGGGACGAGGUCCGCUUCAACCUGCAGGUGCAGACCGUGUUCAAGUCCACGAGCCCGUCGCUGGUGGCGGCCAGCCAGCGGAAGUCCCCCGUCGGACUGCUCGUGCCGAACAAGAACCUGGACUGCCGGUGUCCGAGUAUUAAAAUCAACAAAUCUUACCUAAUACUGGGCAUGGACGCGAAGCAGAGCCCGGACACGCUGUCGCUGGGCCCGAAGACGAUCAUCAUCGAGUGGAAGGACGACUGGAACCGGCGGUUACGACGGUUCCAGCAGCAGUCCGGUUCCGGCUCUUGUUAUUAA